GCUUCAUCUUCAUCUUCUUUAAACAAACGAACUCUUGCAGUGAUACUAGAGUCUGAACAUAACUGCAACAAACACAGCAUUAAAUAUUAACAGGAUGAUGUAAUUGCAGAGAAACUGCUAGUUAAUAAUACAUCGUCUCAGUUUCACAUUUUAGGAGAAUGUUAAUGGUUAACGUUUGUCUAUGUAAUAACUGAUAACAACGUUAUUUUUUUGUUUUUGUUUGAGUUUUUAUUUGACUUCUCAGUCUUUGAUGAACACAAACUUCCGACUCUAAACUUUGACAUUUUUACAGUUCCCCCUCAUGUAAAUUCUCUGAUCACCACCGAAGAUAAGUUACACCAGAGCAAGGGACCCAAUUCCAUGCAUAUCUGCAGUGACAUGUGAGUUAUUACGUCACCCUUCCCUGAUCCUGUGUGCGCUCACUUUCCGCCACAUUCCACCUGUUACGAUGUCAUCCUGUAGAAUAAUGAGGGAAAACCCCAAGAAGGUGUUCUAUUUAAGAGGUCAGGAAUCGGACUGUUGUCAGCACGACUGACAGAGACACUGGUCCACAGACACCAUGGUCCGCAGCGCCGGUCUCAUUCUCCUCAUCCUUCUCCACACCUUCAUCUGCACCUCACACUCAGCUCGUUGCUGUUUGAGGUACAGUAAGCGUCCGAUCAGAUGCAAACUGCUGCAGGGAUACAGCCACCAACACAUCACCGCGUCCUGUGACAUCAGCGCCAUCGUUUUCCGGUGGAGAGGGGGCGCUGAUCGCUUCGUUUGUGCUGAUCCUUCACAGCCCUGGACGCAGCAGUGUGUGGAAAAAUUGCGGGAAAAAAUGAAAAAACAGCAUAACGGCACGUCCAGGAAUGUUCUGGAACAAGUAUGAAAUGGUUGACAGAAAAACAAAAGUUCUUCACUGUAAAGCAGCUGUAGUUACAUUUUGUAUUAGUUUGUUUUCCACCAACAAAUAUUUUCACCUUCCUGUUUUAACAUUUUAUUCCUAAUACAUCAUCAAUACAUACAACCUGUGUCCGUAAAUGUUAACGAAUGUACACCUUCGCUCAUACUGAUCACAUGAGCUUCAGAUGAAGAUGACGUCAUGUCAAGACUGACAUUAAAAAUAAUCAUUUAUCAUAUUAUAUAUGACAUAAAUGCCUCCAGUCAGUAAAAUAAAAAUGUCUGUCAGUUUUUGGAGGACUGCAGUUAUAACGAGGUUGACAAACUCUUAGUCUGUGUGACUUUUCUACCCUUUUUUCUUUUUUUACGGUAUUUUUGGUAUGUCCCAAUAUAUAAACAUCUUUGGGAAAUGAA